AUGCAGCUACGCCCAGGAGAACACUGGGAGUCUGUAGCAAAGGCAGCGCAGCCAAAUGCGAUCCCGAAGAUCGACCCGUCUGCGGACCCAUCGCAGUCGAUCAUGAGCAUGAUGAAAAGCCUGUACAACCAGGGUGACAGCGAGAUGAAGAGAACAAUCGCGAAGGCCUGGACGGAGUCACAGGAGAGGAAGAUGAAAGGUAUUGAAGCAGAAGAUGGCCUAUUCUAA